CCGACACGUGGAUCCAAGAUGGCGGCGUCUGGGGUGCUGGAGAAGCUCACGUGUCCAGUGGUGCUACUGCUCUUGUGCCAUGGGGUGAGCAGCUUCUACGUGCCGGGGGUGGCACCCAUCAACUUCCACCAAAAGGAUCCUGUAGAAAUAAAGGCUGUGAAGCUCACCAGUUCACGAACACAGCUACCUUAUGAGUAUUACUCCUUACCUUUCUGCCAUCCUCAGACAGUCACAUAUAAAGCUGAAAAUCUAGGCGAGGUCCUUAGAGGGGACCGGAUUGUCAACACUCCAUUCCAGGUGUUCAUGAAUGUUGAGAAGAAGUGCGAGGUCUUGUGUGAAUCUCCCAGCAAGCCUGUAACCCUGACCAAGGAAGCGAGCAAGCUGAUUGCCGAACGGAUCCAGGAGGAAUACUAUGUCCAUCUCAUCGCUGACAACCUGCCUGUGGCCACGCGGCUGGAGUUCUACUCGAACCGUGAGGAGGAAGAGAAGAACAAGGAGAAAGAUAUUCAGUUUGAGCAUGGCUAUCGGCUCGGGUUCAUGGACAGCCAUAAGUUCUACCUGCACAACCACCUCUCCUUCAUCCUUUACUACCAUAGAGAGGACGUGGAAGAGAACCAAGAGCCGACCUACAGGGUGGUCCGCUUUGAGGUCGUUCCGCAGAGCAUUAAGCUUGCUGAUCUGAAGGCCGACGAAAAUGGUGCCUGUGUCCUGCCUGAAGCUGCCAACUCCGCUCCUCAAGAGAUUGACCCCACGAAGGAAAACAAGCUGCUUUUCACCUACUCUGUGCAUUGGGAGGAAAGUGACAUCAAAUGGGCUUCCCGUUGGGACACUUACCUCACAAUGAGUGACGUGCAGAUCCAUUGGUUCUCCAUCAUUAACUCAGUCGUGGUCGUGUUCUUCCUUUCGGGUAUUCUCAGCAUGAUCAUCAUCCGGACGCUCCGGAAGGAUAUUGCCAACUACAACAAGGAAGAUGACAUUGAAGACACCAUGGAGGAAUCUGGGUGGAAGCUGGUGCACGGUGACGUUUUCAGGCCGCCUCAAUAUCCUAUGAUCCUCAGCUCCCUCUUGGGCUCCGGAAUCCAGCUCUUUUGCAUGAUCCUGAUUGUUAUUUUUGUGGCCAUGCUGGGGAUGCUGUCUCCUUCCAGCCGAGGUGCCCUGAUGACCACAGCCUGCUUCCUCUUCAUGUUCAUGGGGGUUUUUGGUGGUUUCUCUGCUGGCCGACUCUAUCGGACACUGAAAGGCCACCGGUGGAAGAAAGGGGCUUUCUGCACAGCCACCCUGUACCCGGGAGUCGUCUUUGGGAUAUGCUUCAUCCUGAACUGUUUCAUCUGGGGCAAACACUCGUCGGGAGCAGUCCCUUUCCCCACCAUGGUGGCUCUCCUUUGCAUGUGGUUCGGCAUCUCCUUGCCCCUAGUCUACCUGGGAUACUACUUUGGAUUUCGCAAGCAGCCUUACGACAAUCCUGUGCGGACCAAUCAGAUUCCAAGGCAGAUUCCGGAGCAGAGGUGGUACAUGAAUCGAUUUGUCGGGAUCCUUAUGGCUGGAAUUCUUCCUUUCGGAGCCAUGUUCAUUGAACUUUUCUUCAUCUUCAGUGCAAUUUGGGAGAACCAGUUCUACUACCUCUUUGGCUUCCUCUUCUUGGUGUUCAUCAUCCUCGUGGUCUCUUGCUCCCAGAUCAGCAUCGUCAUGGUGUACUUCCAGCUCUGUGCAGAGGAUUACCGGUGGUGGUGGAGGACUUUCCUAGUGUCCGGAGGUUCUGCCUUCUAUGUGUUGAUUUACGCAAUCUUCUACUUUGUGAAUAAGCUGGACAUUGUCGAGUUCAUUCCUUCCUUGCUGUACUUCGGCUACACAGCUCUCAUGGUGCUGUCCUUCUGGCUCUUGACGGGGACCAUUGGCUUCUAUGCAGCCUACAUGUUUGUCCGCAAGAUUUACGCUGCUGUGAAAAUAGACUGAAGAUGCUCUGGCGCCACGUGGCACAAAGCAGCUGGUCCCCUCUGUUUCCUCCUAGGAAGGAAGUGGGGAACUCUCUCUCCCUCCCUCUCUCCUGUUUCUCCCAAGGAAACAACCCGGCUGGAGUGGGGGACACAAGGAAUAAAAAUAGUUCAAUUUUUUGGAAUGUAACCUUUGGCACAGCGUCCGUGGAAUCGGGUUUCUUGGUGGGGAGGGGUGUGUAGAUACUUUGCAUUUUAACUUUUAUCCUAUUCUGGUUAUAAGGGAUUUAUUUUCUUUCUCUUUUUUUUUUUAGCCGAGACACAUUCCCCUCAAUGAAUAAUCUUUCUCCCCUCCUCCCUUUCAUCUAAUUCAUUUUCUGUAAUGACAAUAAUAGGAGAUCGCAAUGGUUACAAAUUCGUGAAUGAGUUUGGGGAGAUUCAUCCUUUGGUGAUUGCACAGCGUAGCCUUUUGCUGUGCCUUUGCUUGGAGCAAGACGGUAGAAAGAAGGUUGGAAAUGGGUCGGCUGCCACCUCAUCAUGCUCCAGUUCCGGCAAGCGCAGUUUUCUCUCGGAGGGCUCUCAGACUGCCUUCCCCCGGGGUGCUUGACGCUGGGAGUGUCACAGUGCAGACGGUGGCAGACACCUAUGGUCUUAGGACGCUCACUUGCUUUCAACCACGAUAAACUGAUGAUGUGGAACCACUGCCUGCUGAAAAAUGAAACAGGCCUGCAAACUGGAGGAAGGCUACUUGGAAGUCCUGGGGAAACACCAGGGGAUUUCUCAAUGCUCCCCAGUAACACUGGGAUCUGGGUGAGGUUUAGAGACUGGAAAAUGUGCUCUGUUGUUCAUGUGCCAAGGAAUCCAUGGCUCAGAUGUUGGGAACUGCUGCUGUAAGAGAGGGGAGGGAACUGGGAGAGUUCUGUUCCCCUGACCCCAGUGUCAAAAGGAAGGAAUUGUUCUCCCUUCCUACACCACUCCCCUGCAUAUUUGGCCGAUCCCCCUUUUCUCACUUGUUCAGUUCUGUCUCUCCCUCCAGAAAUUGAAGUGCAUUUGGCAGCUUUACUCUUGACUUCUAUGUGAACGAGGUCACAAGACCAAGGUUAGACUAUCAAAUUAUAUUUUAGCCAAGCACAAUGGAUCUCAGUCUCCCUUCUCAAGAGACAGGAGCACCCCACUCUCUCAUGCUCGUAGUGCGCUGCGCAUCGCAAACGAGCCUGACAUCAAUUUACUGGGAGAUGGUUGUAAACACUUCCUUUGAAAACAGAAACUUGCUUAUUUGUAAUCAGAAUUACAAUACUGGAUUAUUUUUCUAAUUGCUGGAAAUUAGUUCUAAUUGUGGGGUGGUCUAGUUGCAAUGUUCUGCUUUAUGAAUGAGCUAUUCCGGCAAAAGUGGGUAUGCCAUGGGUGGGGUGGGGACGGGAGGCAUGCACCGGGGGGGGGCAUUUUUUCCAUGGAAAAUUAAUCUCUUUGGGAACACAUAUUUAAGAUCACAUAUUUAUUGAUGCAUUUGUCAUCAAUGAUUGAUGAUGCCUCUUAUGUGUGUCUUAAUUUACCUGCCCUGUGGUAACUGCAGGAAACUACAGGGAAUGAGGGCCUUGCUCCUGCAUUUGCGCCUCUGCCCAUCAUUGCUUCCUUGCCCCCCCCCCUCAAUGCCAAAGCCACACCAGUCACAAAUCAAGGUCUGACAAAGGGGCAGCCGUGGCACUUACUACUUUUGCUAUGGAUCCCUUGGUGAACUCUGAUCUGAGCUACCAUUAGGAUACUUGACUAGGGCCUGGAGUCUACUAAUUCUGCGCACUAGCAGAAGCCGAGUUACGGAAGAGCUCCAGCUAGUGCAACAGGCUCCCCCACCCAAUGCGCCCUUGCAAUUCAUUCCGGUGAAUUGGGAGAAACCCCAGAACAGCAAGGCAGGGAGGAGGGUGGGUUGUUCCAUGUGGGAAGUAGGAAGGCUUGCGCUGACAUAAUUAUCAGAAGAGUGCAAUGUUGAUUUCUUCCCCAAGUCUUUUCUCCCCCUCCCUGUGAUUUUCUUUUUCCAACCAGAACUGCUCUAUCCCUGCCUUCCACUAUGUUUCUUGUAUUUUUUUAAUGUAUUGUUUGAGCCCAACUGUAAAUAAAUAUGCUGUUGUUGUCAUUGUGUCUUUGAUUGUGCAACUUCAGCCAUAGGUGACCUGUUUUAGGUUUUCCAAGUUGCAGGUGACAUAACUCACAUUUGCUCUGCUGUUAAUCAUUCUGAUCAUAUCAUUUGCCAAAAACUGUAUGUUCCGUAAGAAGGUAAACUUUGCCAUGGACGUCUGAGCUGGCAGGAGGAAGAAUGCCCAUUUUCUCCCUGCAGGACAGCCAUUCUUGAAGCUACAUGACGGCUUCAUUCUGUUUCUGGGGUGGGCGUGUCUCCUUCCCACUGGAGUCCCUACUGCUUCUAGCCUUGAAGGGGUGAGAUUCUGAUUGGUCCCUGUCUCGUUGAAACCAUAUAUGGAGUGUUGGGUUUACCAUUUAGUUUCUUAAACAUUGCCUUUAAAUAUGGAAUAAUUUUGACCCUGCCACAGCUGCCAGUACAAACUUGAAAAGGUCUUAUGUCAUUCAAGGUGGUAUUUCAAAGCCCAAAAAGAGAUGAAGACUUGGGGAAUAUCUCUUUAUCUAGACUUCUUGAAUUUUGAGCAAGGGAGAGAAGUCUUAUCAACAGUAAUUUUAUUAGUCUGUUAUAAUUCCAUGUCACUGGCAUUUAAUAUAAACAAGUAGGACCAAAAACAAAAUGUUGCCGUACGUCCCAAUCUAAACACUUGUUUGUUCAGGGCUGAAGCAGCAAGUUACUUCCUCUACCCUUGUUCAAUCAAUCCCGCCCCCCCCCCCUGUCUUAUACUUUUCUAGCUGACACUCUACGAAGGCUUCUUGAGCCCACUAAGUAUGUUCAGUCUACAUAGGAGUCUAUCUAGGAACCACUAUUUCAUUUGCAGGUGUUUGUUUCAUAGUAGCGCACACUUAACGUCUUGUGGCUGGCGAGUGCACCUCUGGGGGGAAAGUCAAACCUCUGGAGAAUCACAGCACCUGCUGUGGCUGCAGAAAAUGGUAACUUGGACCUGCUACCUCCCACAUUGUUUUUGUUGUUAGCAGCACUGAAGUGACCUUCCCAGGGUGCAAGCCUGGACAGUGUGUAUGGAGGUCCUGGGCUGCCCAGAGAACAGGACAUUCCCCCCCCCAUUGGAUUAGAUGCUGGCUAGUGAAGGGAUUAACAUGGAACACUUGCCUCACCCUGGGCAGUGGCAACCCAUACUACACCCCUGGGAUAGCUUUCUAGGGAAGAGCCAGAGGCUCCAGCAGGAUGAUGUAGAAUAUGGAUCCUGCGUAUAUACAACCUGCGUUGUUCAUAGGUGUUCCCACUCCCACAAACAAACAGCAUAGCUUGUACUUCAAACGUUUUUAAUAAGCAUUUUCAUUUUUUUAAAAACACACCCUCUUUCAUUUUGGACUUAAUUCUGUAAGACAAAGAAAAGCUAACUGAACAAUGAUGAACUGUACACUUCCUAAUGGCACUUCAAUCUUUAGUUUUAAAAACCUGGACUUGUAAGAAGUCCUACAAUACUUUUCAUCAGAGGAGGUUAUUUGCUGUAUUUAGAAAAAGUGCUAGAUUUGUUUGAGAAGUCCCAGCUUCAGGCCUAGAGGGCCUUGGUGGCUCUUAUGGCGGGCGGGCAGGCAGGCUUGGGAGAUGAGGCAGGUACGGCUCAGGUGAGCCAAAGAGGUCAACUCCCGCUUGCAAGGUGCAAGGUCGGAGAAAUUCCAAAUGAGCCCUUGAAAGUUCAGCUGUUAGACCACAGCCCUGAGCAGGAG